AAAUUCACAAAUUUGCAAUGUACGGCAUUUGAUGAGGGAUUUGUCAUAUUCGACUUUUGUCGCUUGCGCGCAGUGAAGCGUGAUGUAAAUGAGCUCUCGAUAAAGCUUAAAUUCCUACAAGCAACGGAUAGUAUGCGGAAUGUGACGCUACGCGUCCAGCUAAUGCAAAAAGUUAGCGGCUAUAGACCCUUUCUCUAUGAUAUCACCACCGACUUGUGUGAGUAUCUGGAGAAGCGCAAUCAUCCAUUUUUAAAUAUUAUUUUCGAUGAGUUUAGCAAUCAUUCAUUGGCGGCGCAAAAAUGUCCCUUUAGUAAUGAGCUCACGGUUACGCAGCUGCCGUUCCCCAGCCAUAUGCUGAAGGUAUUGCCAUUGCCAAAGAAUGAAUAUGCAAUUUUUGCCACCCUCUCCGUGGUGGGAGAAAAGCGCGCCGGAGUGAAAGUAUAUUUCAUGCUGACGGAUUAG